AACCAAAACAUUGUGAGUAAUAAGAAGUUGACUUAGGAUUUCUUCAUCUUCAACUACCGAUUAACUCCCUUUCACUGUUAAGUUCAUGCUAGACACAGUUACUACAAUUUACAGAAAUUUUUUCAGACUUUGUUUACCGACAAUUGCAACAGGGAAUAUGAUUAGUAUUUGUUUCUAACUGAAUGGUCGCUCACUCGGAUCCGUGAUUCUGACGCAGCUUAGGAACUAAUGCUCCCGUAUUUCUAAAAUCUGGAAUCUGAAUCCGUGCUUCGUAUUGUUUUGGACAUAGAUCGCGCUCGAGCAAAUAUUCUCGCCCCGUUCACUGCUUUGUGGCUUCGGUCAUUUUGGAAUCAUGAAGCUGACUGCUCAAUGUUUACUUGCUCUUGCCCUGGUCGCCAGCGGAUUCUGCUGGCAGAAAGCCGUAGACGACAUCAAAGAUGCUGCAGCUGACAUUUAUGAGGACGUACAGGAUAUUGCUGGUCAGGCCUACACAAUAGCCAAAGAUAAACUCGGGACGGUUAAAGAAGUAGCUGAGGAAACUGCGAAAGAGCGUUGGACACAGGCCCAACAUGUCGCUCACGAUGUGAAAGAGGCAGCUGCUGAGAAAGCCAAAGAAUUCGCUGAUGCUGCCAGUCAGACGAUGGAUGCAGCUAGUAAAAUUGCUGCCGAGAAGUUCUCCGAGGCCCGUGUGGCAGCGGGAGGUGCAGCAGGGUAUGCUAAGGAUAAGAUUGUUGAAGAGGCAGGACAUUUUAAGGAUGUGGCUGGAGAGAAGCUGGCUGAUGCUGCUGAAUUUACACGGGAUAAGGCAUCGGUUCUGAAGGAUGCUGCGGGAGAAAAGUUGGCUGAAGCGGCGACAUACGCCAAAGUUAAAGCGGGAGAAAUGAAAGACGCGGCUACUCAGACGUGGGAGCAUGCUCCGGAGAAUCUGGAACAUUUGAAGGAUGCCACGGUGGAGAUGAUGGGCGACGUUAAGGACAAGACAUUUACCGGAGCUCAGAAACAAUGGCGAGAAGCCGAAAAGAAGUAUGAAGAGAUGAAGGAUGCUGUCACUGAUGGCUGGGAUGAAGUAACAGAAAAAGCUUCUGAUACUCUCGACGAGGCUAGACGGAUUGCAAAUAAAAAAUUUAAAGAAGCGAAGGAUGCCGAUAGGUGCGUAACUGGACGAAUAGUACUGAUCAGAGUUAAAUUUAGAAUUUCGAAGCAGUACGUGUUCGUUAUAUAAGAGGAUUACCAUCACGCCGGGUAAUCACGGGCAGGUUGUCCAGGACAAAUAGAGUGUAUCACACAUAUUUUGUCCUUUGCAUCGAUUCGGCAUGCUCAUUGGUUGUUUUUAGACUGUGUGUGUUAGUUGCUUCUCAAAAUGUUAUGCGUGCCUUUUUAUUUUGUCAGCUUUCUCGUAUCGUAAGAACUAUGGCACAGGUGGAAGUGCAGUAAAUGUUGUCGAAAAAAUUUUACGAGUUGAAUAGUACAUUUU